AUGGCGCUUAGUACGAGUGGACAACAACAAGACUUGCCGGGAGAAGAGACAGACCAAGGUGUUGAAGCUGUAAACAGUAUUCAAAACGUUCAUCUCGCCGACCACGAAAGUAAAAAAGAAGAAAAUACAUUGAAUAUAGAAAGCAAACAA